AUAAGGGAUUACUUUGCGUGCGAGUCAGCGGAGGUUGAUUAAAGAGGGAUGGGCUGUGAUGUGUUCAAGAUGGCGGCGCCCUGUGGAGUGUAGAGACUCUAACAGUGGUGCCUGGAGACUGUAUUGGCCGGAGGCCCAGGGAGCCCUCCAGGCAGGACGCUGUGAGAGAGACGACUGGGACACCCCCUGCGCUCCAGGCCUUGACGGAGACUGUCUGCCACCACCUCACCCUCCGCUGUCAACAUGGCCAGAGAGCAGCCCAACGUUGGGGACCUACUCCCUCUCCUGGAGUCCUCUGACAUACGCCAACUGGAGGAGAUCAAAGGCCUUAUAAAUGAGCACCUCAGCACCGAGCGAGGGUCAAUGCUGCUGAAUGGACUGGUGGACUACUUCUUGGAGACUAACUCGGCCCAGGCCAUGCAUAUCCUCUCGUCAGUCAGAGAGCCACAUGAUAAGCACCUGCUGGACAAGAUGAACGAGUGUAUGACCAAACAGGCCUGCCGGCUGCCCACCCUCACUCUGCUUGGCCACGUAGUCCGCAAGCAGCCGUCCUGGAUCCAUAAGAUCGUCCGCUACCCGCUGCUGCUCUCGCUGCUCAAAUGCCUCAAGACGGAUUCAGACGUUGUGGUCCUCAUAACUGGAGUCCUGGUGUUGAUCACUCUGCUACCCAUGAUCCCCCAGGCUGGCAAACAACACCUGUAUGAGUUCUUUGACAUCUUUGGACGCCUGGCUUCCUGGAACCUGAAGAACCCAGGCCACGUCUCCGAGGUAUACCUCAUCCACCUGCACGCCAGCGUCUACUCGCUCUUCCACCGCCUCUACGGCAUGUACCCCUGCAACUUUGUGUCCUACCUGCGCUCCCACUACAGCAUGAAGGAGAACAUGGACACAUUUGAGGAAGUGGUGAAGCCAAUGCUGGAACACGUCCGUAUACACCCGGAACUAGUGACUGGAACUAAGGACCAUGAGCUUGAUCCCACCAGAUGGAAGAGAUUUGAGAUCCAUGACAUCGUCAUUGAAUGCGCCAAAGUGUCUCUGGAUCCCAAGGAAGCGUCGUGUGAGGAGGGCUAUGCGACCAUGCCCGAGAACCUCUACCCCCAGAUGCAGCUUUGUCCACAAGACUCAGCCUCUAGCCCCUACACAGACUUCCACAGCAGCUUCGGAAGCUCCUCUUUGACCCCCUUCUCUACCCCACGCCAGCCCCUACCACCACCCCUGUCCCUGCCCCCUCUGUCAGGGACUCAGUCCUCCUAUCGUAGCCCCCAGACCUCCAGACGUCAGAACUCUAGCUGUGAAUUCAACUCUACCUGUGGGGGAAAAGAACUGUGGAGUCCCUCCUCCCAGUGUGGAAUGGCCACACCCCCUUCCUCCAGGGGCAUGUCACCUAACCCAGAGCUCUCCCAUAGUGCCUCUUACCUCUCAGGCCACCGUGUCCACAGCACAUCAGGAGGGAAAGGAACACCUGCCUCAAGUACACCUGCCACCACCUCCCCGCCCCCCACCCUCUCUGAGUUCCCCACCAUCCCCCUGACAUCCAACACCGCUAGUCCACCACGGAAGCAUGGCUGCCCUGUAGAAGCAUCCAAACCUAGCCUGGUGAGGCAAGAACCAAUCCCAGAUCCUGAGAAAGGUGGAGAGGUUAUCAACAACAGAGAUGCAAGUGGUGGUGGGACCAUUUCCAUGACGCUGACAGAACUUUCAGUCUUUAUGCAGGAGCAGGAGCUGGAGCUUCAGCUGAGGACAGAGAAAGAGAGGGAAGAGGCUGCCAUCACAGAGGAGCUCCUGGAGAUCACGGAGGACAAGCGAGACUUUGCUGCCCUGAGGGGCUUUGACACCCCUUUCUACCGCACCACUGAGACCCUGACAGGUACCCAGGAGAAGGCCCUGCCCAACCACCCACUGGGUGGCCUCAUGCUGCCCCGGGACCCCCACCAUGCGGUGUCCACCCCAGACAAGGCACUGGAGAAUGCCCAGUGCGCUAAUGGUGGUGGGGACAAUAGUAGGGGCUCGGCCCUAGAGCAGUCCUGGUCUUUCCAACCCAUGUGUCCCUUCAGCCCCAUCGAACACCCACUCCACCGGAGCCCCUCUGCCCCGGAGUACGAGAUGGCCAAGUUCGGUGGCCUGUUCUCCCCCAGCCCCUUCAUCAAGAACCACUCCCUGCCCUAUGAGGCCCUGUUUGAUCUGGCUCUGCCCCGGGCCGCAUCCCUCUUCGUGGGGAGGAGGACAUCAGAGGCCCUGGGCAGGGCUGCUCUCGAGAGGCUGUGCCAGCGGCAGGAGGGGCUGGAGGACAGGGAGGAGGAGGGUCAGGGGAGGGUGUCUGCUUCCCCCCUGGAGGUGCUGGAUCGUCUCGUUCAGCAGGGAAGCGACGCCCACGACAAGGUGCUCAACAGAUUACCUUUGCCAAGCAAGUCAGCUGACUGGACGCAUUUUGGAGGCUCGGCUCCGCUGGACGAGCUGCACACGUUGCGUAGCCAGCUGCUCCUGCUGCAUAGCCAGCUGCUGUACGAACGCUACAAGCGAGAGCAGCACGCCGUCCGCAACCGACGCCUACUGCGACGCGUCAUCAACGCCACCGCACUGGAGGAACAGAACAACGCCAUGAAGGACCAGCUGAACCUCCAGAGUGUGGACAUUGUCUCUCUGAAGGAGAGUCUGCAGGUGGAGCAGCAGCGCUGCAGACAGCUGUGGGACGACCGAGAGACCGUGGUCACCAGACUACACAGCCAGGUCCGCCAGCUACAACAGGGCCGGGACGACUACUACACCAAGAACCAGGAACUACAGAGUCAGUUGAAUGAGUAUCAGAAGAAGAUGAAUGAGCUGGAGGCAGAUCUGCAGAGGUCCAACAACAAGGUGUGUCACACGGGGCACCUUCUCAACCAGAUGAUUACCAAGCUGAGCAGCAGUGAGCGCACCCAGCAGCAAAUGAGCUUCCUGAACAAGCAGCUGCUGCUCCUGGGGGAGGCCCACAAGCUGACUGAACAGCGGCAGCAGCACACAGGCUCGGACAAUGCCAUGGAGGCCCAGAUGGUGCAGGUGUCCUGGGGGAAGGAGGUGGAGAGGCUGAGGCAGAGCCUGCUGCAGCAGGGCCAGAAGCUGGAGGCAGCGCAGCAGAGGGUGGGCGAGCUGGAGACACAGCUCACCAAGAAGGAACACCUCAUCGUGGAGCAGAAGAAGUUUCUGGAGGACGUCAAGGGCCGGGCCAAGGGCGAGCUGCAGGCGUCAGACAGCAGGUACCAGGCCCAGAGGAGAGUGACCCAGCUCCUGCAGACGGAGCUGCUGCAGCUCUACAGUAGACUGGAAAUGGAGGGUCAUGCCGCCCUGACCACACCCUCCGCAGGGGGCAGCAGUACCGAUCCUGGCCCUCCUAUAGACUCUAGUAUCAUGGAGCCAGAUGGACCCGUCACAUCAGGAACCAAUGAGUGGUCAGGUAACGGCAGACCACCUCAGUCCCCACGACGCAACGGCAGCACUUUAUCUCCAGGGCAACCUAUGGCGAACAACCCUAAGAAGCCUCCUGUCAACUCGGUCAACGGCACCCAGGAAGUCCCCAAGCCUCUCCUUGUGGAGCCUUCCUGUACCCAUACCCCCCUGGCCCCCCCACUGCCCCCUGACGCCACCCCCCUCACUGUUGGCUCCUACCCCAGCGCCAAGAGCUUCCUGGGCAUGCGGGCGCGAGAGCUGUUCCGGAACAAGAGCGAGAGCCAGUGUGACGAGGAGCCGCCACCCCCCCGCCUGGCCGGCCUUUCACAGGGCCUGAAGACUGAGCUGUGUGUGGAGCCCUCAUUUCCCCCACUGGGGAAUUCUCUGACGUGUCCUGUCUCUAACCCUGUCCUUAACCUUACCUUUUCCCCUGCCCUUGCCUCUAUACUAGGUGCCCCUCUCACUGUGCCCGUGAAGGAGCACCUGCCUGAAACCAAGCAGAGAGCUACCAAGCAGGAGAGUACCAGACGGAAGAUGGGAGGAGCAAGGGGAGGGGGAGUGGUGGUGGCCAGUUCAGCACGACCUAGACAGCAACUAAGGAUCAUGGACUACAACGAAACGCAUCACAAGCACAGUUAAAAUACAAGAACUGAGAGAGGAUGGAGAGGAGAGUAGAACGAGUGGUUGGCCGGAGCAAGAGCUCCUAACAGUAAGAGGUUUGAGACGAAGGUCUUUUUUAAAUUCAGUGUUAUUUAUCCCAUUUCCUCAAGUGGACAACAGGAUUUGAACCAAUGAUUUGAUUUACUCCCUUAUCAAAUGUAAAGAUGGGAAGGAAGGUUUAAAUAAGGACGUAAUGUUACAAUAUACCAGCAGAGACCACUAUCUUUAUCUGCUUAGAUUUCACUUAUACAUUUGGGAGUUUUUCAAACUAUUUCAUAUAGAGACACCAUAUUUCCAAAUCCGUUACUUGACGUUAUAAAAAACCACAUCAAAACAAAUUAGUCUUGUAGGGUGUGUCAGAAAGGAUGUUUCUGAAAGCCCGGUUUUGGUUAACUAAUGUCCCUCUUGAGCACCUGUACUGAUGUUGUGUGAGGAGGGGGGUGGGGUGAUCCUCAAGGCUUGGAGAGUAGAUGUACCAAGCAUGGGAUUGUUGUCUGUAAUUCCAACUCCUCUGCUGUUCUUGGGGAGGAAUCAGGGAUUUUGACUGUUGCUAGAGUAUAGUUUAUAUACAAUGCAAGAGGAUUGCUUUUCCAUGCUAAUUUCAUUAGGCCUGCAUUCCUGACAGAAAUGUCCUUUAGUAUGUGGGUCGUUCCACCAUGCCAAAAAAACUUUGGAUUUCACCUCAUUUUAACAUUAUGUCAUAAAGAGCACAUGUUAAAUUAAAGAGAUAAAAUAAUUACUAUAGUAAGUGCCAAAUAAAGUAAAAGGGUUGACUAUUUCAUCUUAAAUCAGCCAUAAAUCCCCUUGUGACAGGAGGAAUGGAAGCUUGUUGUGUGCAACAGAGUAGUAAUUGAAUACAAGCUUCACAUUUGUACUUUUUGUUAACAUUUCUAGCCUGUCUAUCUAAGGGUGACAGGGUUGAUGUGUUAUGCUUGACCCACUCAAUUUUCCACCACAAAAAAACCUGAAAAUGACAGAAAAGAGAAUUCAACUGCUUUUACACUGUUGACUUAAAUGUUCAAUGCUUCUAUUGAAGAAAAAAAAAAGUUUCAUAUUAAAACGAGAGUUCAGUUCACGUAACAGGGUUGACCUUAAAAUGCGGGACAGACGUAAAUUAAUCACCAAUCACAUUAAAUACACUGCUCAAAAAAAUAAAGGGAACACUAACAUAACACAUCCUAGAUCUGAAUGAAUGAAAUAUUCUUAUUAAAUACUUUUUUUCUUUACAUAGUUGAAUGUGCUGACAACAAAAUCACACACAAAUUAUCAAUGGAAAUCAAAUUUAUCAACCCAUGGAGGUCUGGAUUUGGAGUCACACUCAAAAUUAAAGUGGAAAACCACACUACAGGCUGAUCCAACUUUGAUGUAAUGUCCUUAAAACAAGUCAAAAUGAGGCUCAGUAGUGUGUGUGGCCUCCACGUGCCUGUAUGACCUCCCUACAACGCCUGGGCAUGCUCCUGAUGAGGUGGCGGAUGGUCUCCUGAGGGAUCUCCUCCCAGACCUGGACAGUCUGGUGCAAUGUGGCGUUGGUGGAUGGAGCGAGACAUGAUGUCCCAGAUGUGCUCAAUUGGAUUCAGGUCUGGGGAACGGGCGGGCCAGUCCAUAGCAUCAAUGCCUUCCUCUUGCAGGAACUGCUGACACACUCCAGCCACAUGAGGUCUAGCAUUGGGAGGAACCCAGGGCCAACCGCACCAGCAUAUGGUCUCACAAGGGGUCUGAGGAUCUCAUCUCGGUACCUAAUGGCAGUCAGGCUACCUCUGGCGAGCACAUGGAGGUCUGUGCGGCCCCCCAAAGAAAUGCCACCCCACACCAUGACUGACCCACCGCCAAACCUGUCAUGCUGGAGGAUGUUGCAGGCAGCAGAACGUUCUCCAUGGCGUCUCCAGACUGUCACGUCUGUCACAUGUGCUCAGUGUGAACCUGCUUUCAUCUGUGAAGAGCACAGGGUGCCAGUGGCGAAUUCGCCAAUCUUGGUGUUCUCUGGCAAAUGAAAAAACGUCCUGCAUGGUGUUGGGCUGUAAGCACAACCCCCACCUGUGGACGUCGGGCCCUCAUACCACCCUCAUGGAGUCUGUUUCCAUUUGAGCAGACACAUGCACAUUUGUGGCCUGCUGGAGGUCAUUUUGCAGGGCUCUGGCAGUGCUCCUCCUGCUCCUCCUUGCACAAAGGCGGAGGUAGCGGUCCUGCUGCUGGGUUGUUGCCCUCCUACGGCCUCCUCCACGUCUUCUGAUGUACUGGCCUGUCUCCUGGUAGCGCCUCCAUGCACUGGACACUACACUGACAGACACAGCAAACCUUCUUGCAACAGCUCGCAUUGAUGUUCAAACCUGGAUGAGCUGCACUACCUGAGCCACUUGUGUGGGUUGUAGACUCCGUCUCAUGCUACCACUAGAGUGAUAGCACCGCCAGCAUUCAAAAGUGACCAAAACAUCAGCCAGGAAGCAUAGGAACUGAGAAGUGGUCUGUGGUCACCACCUGCAGAACCACUCCUUUAUUGGGGGUGUCUUGCUAAUUGCCUAUCAUUUCCACCUGUUGUCUAUUCCAUUUGCACAACAGCAUGUGAAAUGUAUUGUCAAUCAGUGUUGCUUCCUAAGUGGACAGUUUGAUUUCACAGAAGUGUGAUUGACUUGGAGUUACAUUGUGUUAAGUGUUCCCUUUAUUUUUUUGAGCAGUGUAAAUAAUGAUCUUCAGAAAUGACUUUGUCAAAGCAACAAUAACUACGGCUUUACAAUGAUGGUGAAAAUUUUGAGAAAUGUUGGGAUUUAGUGGAUUAAAAUCUUCCUAGAAGUCACAAGGUGCACGGAGGGACAUGUCAAAAUGCUGAAAAGACUUGAUUCAUAUAAAAAAUGGGAUUUAUUGAAUUCUCCAUUUGGUCUAUAAUAAAGGGCACUUCAUUUAAUAUAACAGGCUUUUGAAAUUCAAUAUCGGUGCAAAAGAAUGUCUACUUAAAAUAUCAAAGGGCACCCUUUGCAGAACAACCCAUGUGUUGAAGACAGACAGACUGAGUUUGUUUGUGCCGAGUUUGUAUGUAUGCAAGUAUAUGCUGUUUAAGUCCAGUUGCAAUAAGAAAAAUGUGCAACAUUUAGAAAUGCUUUUUUAUAAGUCGUUUUUUUUUUUUUACGGUUUAUUAUUUCAUGAUCACUCCCAUCCCCAAGUUGUCCUAGCCUUGCAAGGGGCUUUGCAACCUGUAAGGAGAAGGAUUUAGGGGAUAUAUUCCAUUUACAUUCCUGUUAGUGUUGAUGAACGUUACUGAAACUUUCAAACAUUAAUUAUCAAACUGGAUUAUUGAUAUUACAACAGCAUUUUGUUAACAGAGUUCAAAAAUACCUGCAAGGUUCUGCAACUUAUGUUGCUCACGAUAGCCACAUCUUGAAUUUAGGUCACACUCAUGCUAUGUUCGUUUCAGCAAAUUAUUUGCAAAACAUCUCACUGUAUAAAGCAGUGUAUUCUGUUCAAGUUCACUUACAGAAAGACACUUUGAACGUGCCAAACAUUUUAAUCAGAUACUAAAUACAUCCAUUUCAGAAUGACGCAUUCACCUCAAGUGUUUCUAUUCUAGUUGAUACAUUAUGUAUCUGGGCAGGGCUGGGUAGGUUCCUUUCUAAAUGUAAGCCGCUACUCGUCACCUGUUCAAAAUUGUAAUCAGUAAUGUAAUUUUUGGAUAACCCAAACUCCGUAAUCUGAUUACUUUCCCCAUAAGAGGCAUAAGAAGAAUACAAAAAGGAUCCAUUGAACGCAUUUGUGUCAUAGUGGUCUCUGACUUGUGGUCAGAUUUGCUCCAGAGGAACAAACUUUAAAUUGCGCCUUUUUUCAAUGCUGAAUUGAAUGUCGUUGAGAAACAGAAAGAUGUUAAUGUUUUACACAACAUCCUUUUUAAGGUAAUCCACGAAGUAAUCAAGUUUUUUUUUAAGUAUCUGUAAUCUGAUUACAACAUUUUUGCCGGUAACGUAACUGAUUACAGUUCAUUUUAAAAAGUCACUCCCCAACCCUGUGUCUCGGUAUCCCUCGAAUGCUGCAUAAAAGGUUUACAUGUGUCAUCUGUUUUCUGAGAACAAAACAAAAACAGAAGUCUCUGCCAAUUGAUUCUUAUUGGUCCUACUGACUUUUGGCAGUCAGAUUUGCCUCUAUUAUAAUAAUUUUUUUUUUUCAGUAAAAAGUGGAAGAAUUUUACUUUGAUGUGGACAUUGAAAGUUGGGUCCUUCCAUAUUUUGAAAUGGUCAUAAAUCCUGUUGUCCACUGAACUUCAGCUGUCAUUCCCUCUGCCUUGCUAUCUAAAGCAUGUUCAACAAUCCACUUUAAUGCCAACAGUACAGUAUAGUAGUAGGAACUACAACAAACCAAGAUGGAUGGUACAAUCAAGCGUGAACUGAAUGGAAAGCUUGAGUUGGGACUCCUUUUGGAGUUGGAGAUUUUGAAAAAAGGCAAAAAACAAAGUUAUUUAAAGCAGUUGCUUGUGUUUUAACUGUGAAUAAUAAAAUAAAAUCAUCUUCAAUGUUUUGCACUACA